AUGUUGCGACGGGCGGUUGAGCAGCGAGCGCGAGAAAAGUGGAGCUCGAUGGAGGGUGAGCCGAAGUACUGCAAGCGGGUGCUGGAUGUGCAGAAGGGCGAGCUGUGCUUUAUCAUCGGCACGAUAUACAUGGACAUGCCUCUAAAGCCGAACGUGUUAGAGGACAUCAGCAAGGACCACUGGAUCGCAGCUCCACCACCACGGCCCAAGAUCUUCUCCCCAGACGACAGCGUCAUGCUAGAAGACGAGAGCGGGCGUGUACGACUAGUCGGCGAGCGGGUGUCCAAAGCCCACCUCGUCACAGGCGUCAUCAUGGGUGCCCUGGGAGCAGAGACAGCCAAAGGCGACUUCGAGGUUGUGGACGUAUGCUUUGCUGGUAUGCCACCACAGACUGAGCGGGCAGAAGAUGGGAUGGAUGUGGACGGAGAGGAGAGGAAGGGGGAGUGGGUCGCCCUUGUCAGUGGGCUGGAUAUUGGAGGGAGUAGCGCUCCUGCGGAUAUGAGGGUGCAGCUGCUGGUGGAGUAUUUGACUUCUGAGCUGGGCGGGGAGGAGGACGAAGGCGAAUCGGCGAGGAUAUCACGGCUCAUAUUGGCCGGGAACUCGUUAACACCGCCCAUUCGACAAGAGGAAAUAUCAAAGAAACGAUAUGGCUACGAUUCAUCUUCCUACUCCGCAACCCCGACGCUCACGCUGUCUUCUCACCUGCUAGAUCUUUCUCGGACGAUGCCGGUGCACCUCAUGCCCGGUGCAUCUGACCCAGCGGGGGCUACGCUCCCCCAACAAGCUCUGCCGAAAGCGAUGUUUGGGGAGGUGAGGCGAGCCAGCGGGUUUUCAUGUGAGACGAAUCCAUGUUGGAUUCCCUUGGAGGGAUGUUUAAUGCUCGGUGUGGGCGGGCAGACGAUCGAUGAUAUAUUCAAGUAUGUGGACUCGUCUGACCGGCUGGAGAUGGCUCGAAGCACGCUGCUAUGGCGACACAUCGCGCCGACCGCGCCGGACACGCUCUGGUGUCACCCGUUUGCAGACAAGGAUCCUUUCAUCAUCCCUCGAACUCCGGAUGUCUACUUUGUGGGCAACCAGCCUGCGUUCGAGACGGGUAUGGUCAGGGGAGUGGAAGGCCAAAGGUCGAGGGUGAUCUUGCUCCCUAGAUUCUCGAAGACGGGGAAAUUUGUUUUGGUACAUACGGGGACGCUAGAAGUGAAGACCCUCACUAUUAGCUUAGAGGGGUGGGAGGAAGCCGAGAGUGUGUGUGAGGACUAG